UGAUGUGUGAAGAGUUGUUGAAGUGUUGAGAGUUGUUGAAGUGUUGAGAGUUAUUGAUUGCAGAAGGGAAACUAUGUAUCCUUCUGUUUUGUUCUGUUCGUCGGGGUGUUGGUGAUGUGGUCUCGUGAGGUUUUGCUGUUGGUUUGUUGGUGGAGGGGGGAAGGGAAGGAAGAAGGGCAGGUAGAUAAAAGAGGGUUUCGUUGCGUCAGUUUUUGGGAGGCGCCGGUUCAAAGAGAACAGAGGGUCCUGAUGUACAGUCGGCUGGCCUUUGUGGCUGGUGCGUGGGACAGAUUGGUAGGUUGGCCGGCAAAUGUACCACUGAGUAGUGAGCGUAUGGAAGUCGAUGGACUGACAUAGAUGAC